CAUCUUUUGGAAGCCCCGGCCACUCGGGAGCAGUUAAACCACUAUCGGAAUGUGGCUGAAGACGCCCGGAGUGACCUUGCAGCAGCUGUGGUCAAAUUCGAAUGUGCUCAGUCGGAGCUUCGAGACCUCCGAUCCAAAAUGCUUUCUAAAGAAGCUUCCUGUCAAGAACUGAAAGCCAAAAUGGAAAACUACCAGGAGAACAAUGCUAGAAAGUCAUCUCUGCUCACCUUUCUGAGAGACCGAGUGCAGGAGCUGGAAGAAGAAUUGGCAACCCUUUCCACUUCUAAAAUUAGGACAGAAAUCACAGCUCACACCACAAUCAAGGAGAACCAGGAGCUAAAGAAGAAAGUUGUAGAACUAGAUGAGAAAUUACAAAAGUGUUUAAAGGAAAAUGAGGAGAAUAAGAAUCAAGUGUCAAAGACCUACAGGGAACAUGAGGAGUUUCUAGCUCAACUUCGUGACUGCUUAGAUCCAGAAAGGAAGAACGAAAAGAUGUCAGAUGAAGAUGUCAUUAUAAAGCUCAGGGAGCUGUGCAAGGAAAAUGCAUCCGUGAAAGGACACAUUGCUGCUCUUGAAGAGACCGUAAGUGUCCAUGAGAUGGAGGCAAAAGCCAGCCGGGAAACGAUCAUGAGGCUGGUUUCGGAAGUGCACCGAGAGCAGCAGAAAGCCGCCUCCUGCGCCGAGCAGAAAGGCAGGCUGCAGCAGGACUUGCGCAGUGCUGUAGGGGCCCGCGAAGCCCUCGAGCAGGACGUCGGAGCCCUGCGGGAGGCCUGGCAGCGGGAGCUGGGCGUCCUGCGGGAGCAGUCGUGCGGGCUGGAGACCCGGCUGAAGGCCAGUUUGCACGCGGCGGAGGCCGCGCGGGGCCAGCACGCCACGUUCAGGGGGCGCCUGGCGGCCCUGCUCGGCGCCAGCGUGGGCAUGGCUGGGCCCACAGAGGAGGCCAUUCUGGAGGAGAUUCGAGAAAUGAGCAGCCGGGAAGAAAGCCAGAAAAGGAUGGUUUCCCAGCUUGAAGCCCGAAUAUCUGAGCUUGCUGCGCAGUUGGAAAAUGAGUCUGGGCUUCACCAGAAAGCGCUGCUGAGCGCCCAGAAGGCAGAACACAAGUUGGAGACUCUUCAGGGUCAGCUGACGCACCUCCAAGGGGAGCUGGUGUCUGGGGAUGUUUUCCGAGACAACUUGAAUUCUGAGAAACAAAAAUAUCUUAAAUUUCUGGAUCAGCUCUCGGAGAAAAUGAAAUUGGACCAGAUGGCUGCUGAACUUGGCUUCGACAUGCGCCUGGACAUAGUUUUAGCUCGCGCGGAGCAGCUGGUGCGCCUUGAGAGCAACGCCGUCGUUGAAAACAAGACCAUCGCCCACAGUUUACAGAGGAAGCUCAAGACCCAGAAAGAAAGACUGGAGAGCAAAGAUCUGCACUUGAACCUCCUCCGGCAGAAAGUAGCCCGGCUGGAGGAGGAGAGGCGGGCGCGGACGGCCCUGGCCGUGCAGUGGGACGAGGCCGCCCUCACCGUGCGGAAGCUGCAGAAGCAGGUGGAGAGGCUGCAGAAGGAGCUGAGCGUGUGUCGAGAAUCGAACACUGAGCUCAAAGCCAGACUGGCUGACACCAAUGAGCUUAAGAUUAAAACUCUGGAGCAGACCAAAGCCAUCGAAGACCUCAGUCAAUGCAGAGACAGGCUGGAGAAGAUGAAGGAGGAAGCUGAGAAAAAGCUCGUGUCUGUCAGGUCAGAACUGGACAUGACGGCGCACAAAGCCAAAGAGGACAAGGAGAGAGCCAGGAACACCAUGGACGUCGUAACCAGCGAAAGGAAAACACUCAAGAAAUCUCUUGAAGAAGCAGAAAAGAGAGAAAAGCAGCUGGUGGACUUUAGGGAGGUGGUUUCACAGAUGCUGGGCUUGAACGUGACCAGCCUGGCUCUUCCUGACUAUGAAAUCAUCAAAUGUCUCGAAAGACUGAUCCAUUCUCAUCGGCAUCACUUUGUCACCUGUGCCUGCCUCAGAGAUGUGACGGCCAGGCAAGACAGGCACCUGCAAAGUCGCUUGAAACUUCUCCGUUGAACACCGUAUCUCUUGAGGGAUAUGGAGCUAAGGGAUGGGACCAUUUAACAAAUUCUCCAAACCUUUGAAAUUUGGUCAGUAGGUGAAUAUUGUAUACUUUGGUAAUAGGGCAAGAAUCCAUCACUGGCAACAAAGAAUCUCAAAGGCAGAUAAAUGUUCGAUACUAAAAACACCUGUCAUUUCAUUUGCUAGCACUUUGGGACCCAGACGAAUUCCACUAGAUUGCAUGUCUAGAAUGAGAAAUGUCAGCAAGGAAUGAACAUUUAUUGGGUAUCUAUUGUGAGUCAGGGGCUUUCCUACCCAAUUUGAUUCUCCCAAUAACCACAUGGAGAAGCUUUAAUGUUUUUGUUUAUUUUAUUUUUUAAUCCUCACCCGAGGAUAUUUUUUUCAGAUAUCUUCAGAUAGAGUGGGGGU